GUUGCGGAUCUUCUCUGGGUACUUCUCAACCGCGACAGAGAGAAAUUGUGCGUGGUUUUGGAGUGUGUUUAUGUGUGUGAAAGAGAAAGGAGUAAGGAGAGAUGGAUUUGUUACCGGCGGAGGCGUCAUCGGAGAUUGUGAAGAAGCACAGAUUUAGGUCACUGAAAAUGGUAGACUUGAAUUACGAAGAAGUUUUAUCGGAUGUUCCAUACGGUGCGGACUACGGUAAACUCGACAAUGGACUCCGUUACUAUGUGCGAUUGAAUUCCAAGCCUAAAAUGAGAGCAGCGCUCGCACUCGCCGUCAGAGUCGGUUCAGUUCUGGAAGAGGAAGAAGAGCGAGGAGUUGCUCACAUAGUUGAGCAUCUUGCUUUCAGUGCAACCAAAAAAUACACAAAUCAUGACAUUGUCAAAUUUCUUGAAAGCAUUGGAGCAGAGUUUGGUGCCUGUCAGAAUGCAGUCACAUCUUCUGAUGAAACAGUUUAUGAGCUGUUUGUUCCUAUUGACAAACCUGAGCUAUUAUCUCAAGCCAUUUCAGUCUUGGCAGAAUUUAGUUCAGAGAUUCGAGUAUCAGCAGAGGAUUUAGAAAAAGAGAGAGGUGCUGUAAUGGAAGAGUACAGAGCAAACAGGAACGCCAAUGGCAGAAUGCAGGAUGCACAUUGGCUUUUGAUGAUGGAAGGUUCAAAGUAUGCAGAGCGUUUACCAAUUGGAUUAGAGAAGGUAAUCCGGACAGUUUCUCCUGAAACCGUGAAACAAUUUUACACAAAAUGGUAUCAUCUCCAGAAUAUGGCUGUUAUUGCUGUUGGAGACUUUUCUGAUACAAAGAGUGUUGUUGAAUUAAUAAAGACCCAUUUUGGUGGUAAAGUGUCAGCUACCAAUUACAAAGAAAUACCUAAAUUUCUAGUUCCAUCUCACGAGGAACCUCGUAUUUCAUGUUUUGUGGAAUCUGAAGCUGCUGGGUCAGCAGUCAUGAUCAGCUGCAAGUCACAAGUGGACGAGCUGAAAACUGUAAAGGACUACCGGAAUUUACUUGUGGAAGCCAUGUUUUACCACGCGAUGAAUCAACGAUUCUUUAAAAUGUCACGCAAGAAGGACCCACCUUACUUUUCAUGCUCAGUUGCUGCAGAUGUGGUUGUUCAACCAAUUAAGGCGUAUAUAAUGACUUCAUCUUGUAAAGAGAAAGGCACUCUUUAUGCCUUGGAAUCCAUGCUCACAGAGAUUGCUAGGGUUCGGAUACAUGGGUUUUCUGAACGUGAAACCUCUGUUGCACGAGCAUCAAUGAUGUCUGAAAUUGAAUCUGCAUAUUUGGAGCGUGACCAAGUACAGUCAGCAAGUUUACGGGAGGAAUUUUUGCAUCAUUUUCUUCGUGGCGAACCUGUUGUUGGAAUUGAGUACGAAGCACAACUUCAAAAAACUAUUUUACCCCACAUAUCCGCAUCUGAGGUAUCAAAGUAUUCAGAGAAUUUUCGUACCACACAUAGUUGUGUCAUAAAGACAAUCGAGCCUCGAGCUGCUGCAACAGUGGAUGAUCUAAAAAAUAUUGUUUUAAAAAUAAAUUCACUUGAGGAAGAUGGAAACAUUUCCCCAUGGGAUGAAGAACACAUCCCAGAAGAAAUCGUUACUUUAAAACCAAACCCCGGGAGUGUAGUUCAGGAGUCUGAAUAUUCAAAUAUUGGAGUCACUGAGCUGAUUUUGUCAAAUGGCAUGCGUGUCUGCUAUAAGCACACAGACUUCCUUGAAGACCAGGUUUUGUUCACAGGAUACGCAUACGGGGGUUUAUCUGAACUUCCAGAAAACGAAUACUUUUCAUGUUCAAUGAGUUCCACCAUUGCUGGAGAAAUUGGUAUUUUUGGUUAUAGGCCUUCAGUACUUCUAGACAUGCUUGCUGGUAAAAGAGCCGAAAUUGGUACAAAACUUGGUGCAUAUAUGAGAACUUUCUUCGGUGACUGUUCACCUACCGAUUUGGAAACUGCCUUCCAGUUGGUCUAUCAACUGUUUGCAACUGGGGUAGUACCAGGGGAAGAGGACAUUAAGAUUGUGAUGCAAAUGUCAGAAGAAUCGGUCAAUGCCCAAGAAAGAGACCCGUAUACUGUCUUUGCAAACCGUGUGAGGGAGAUUAAUUAUGGGAACUCUUAUUUUUUCAGGCCUACAAGAAUUAGUGAUCUUCGAAAAGUUGACCCAUUUAAAGCAUGUGAAUAUUUCAACAAAUGUUUCAAAGACCCGUCAACUUUCACUGUGGUGAUUGUUGGGAAUAUUGAUCCUGAUAUUGCAAGGCCAUUGAUACUACAAUAUUUGGGAGGAAUCCCAAGACCAUCUGAACCCAUUUUAAAGUACAACCGUGAUGACCUGAAAGGCUUGCCUUUUACUUUUCCCACAACCAUAACUCGAGAAGUUGUUCGCAGCCCUAUGGUUGAAGCACAGUGUUCUGUUCAGUUAUGCUUCCCCGUUGAGUUAAAGAAUGAAAAAAUGAUGGAGGACGUUCACUUCAUUGGGUUUUUGAGCAAACUAUUGGAAGCCAAAAUAAUUCAGGUUCUCCGUUUCAAGCAUGGACAGAUCUACUCAGCUGGUGUUUCUGUAUUUCUUGGUGGCAAUAAACCUUCACGAGUUGGUAAUGCUCGUGGAGAUAUUAGUGUAAACUUUUCUUGUGAUCCAGAUGUCGCUCUAGCACUGGUUGAUCUUGCUCUAGAUGAGAUAUUACGUCUUCAAGAAGAAGGACCUUCAGAUGCAGAUAUCUCUACAGUACUCGAGAUUGAACAACGGGCCCACGAAAAUGGACUACAGGAGAAUUAUUGGUGGCUUGAUCGGAUAUUGCACAGCUAUCAAUCUAGGAUCUAUUCAGGGGAUGUUGGUACUUCAUUUGCUGUUCAAGAUGAGAGUCGCAUAGACGUUAGGAAAAUCUUGACACCAGUUACAGCUCAGCAAGCACUGCAAAGGACUUUACCUUUCCCUUGCAAAAAACAAUACACUGUUGUAAUUCUAAUGCCUCAGGCUUCUCGUUUUGAAAGGCUAAAGUCCUUCAUCACUGAUGCGAAGGUUCAAGUUGGAUUUGGUGGUCUGGUAGUUUUGGGUUUCUGCAUCUGGAGAUAUGCACGAAGAUCAUCGGAAUCAUAGAGUCUGUGUUUGAGUAGUCAUCAGAACCUAGAAAUUUUGAAUAGUAGAUACAAGAUACAUCAUGGUAUAUGUGGGAGGCAUUGUUGGUUAAAACACAAACCAAAAAUUGAUUAGAGUUCACUGAUUAAAAUUGAAAAAGGAAAACAAUGUUCGUGUUU